UUAGAAACUAGCAGCAGGCUGCCUGUGUUUGCUCAGAGCUCAGGCCGCGGGUCAAAGGCUCAGCCCGCGGUGAUCGAUACGCUUUCAGCACAAACACCACCCCCACAUCCGCCCUCGAGGACAACACCUCCCCGGAGCAGUCCUCUGCACAAACCAGGGUCGGCGCGAGAACAGCGCGACCAUGUCUGUUGCGUGCAGUUCGGCGUGUCUGACGGCGCUGGUGUUGCUGACCUGCUCCUCGGCAGGUCGGCCGCCGACGGCGCCGAGGCCGGAGAGGCUCCUCGGCCGGCUCCUGCGGAAGGAGAGGGAGGCCGGUCAGCAGAAUCGGCUCAACGCCUCGGCCCUGAACACGGCCUUGGCCUUUGGACCUUAUCGUGACCUGGCGACUGGAGGCGGCGCCGGGCGCGGCGUCCCGCCGCCGCAGCAGCAGCAUCAGAACAACAUUUUGUUUUCACCGUCGGGACUGGCAUCGGCUCUGGCUCUGCUGUGCCGGGUCUCGGGGCCCGAGAGUCGAGGCCGGGCCCUGGAGGCCCUGGGGAUGGCGGCCAACUCCACACAACAAAGCGUGGAGGCGAAUCUGCAACGCAGCCGCGCUUUCCAGGAGGGAGGGGCUGGAGGAGGAUCCCGACCCGAACCGGGGACGGCCGCUGGGAUUGGUGGAGCCUCCGCGAGGGCGGGAAACAGAUCGAGGGGCAGGACGGAUGAUGACGCUCAUCUCGGGGCCCAGUUACGACUGUGGAGCAGCCUUCACGUGGACGGAAAGCCCUCGCUAGACUAUGACAGCUUCCUGUCCAGGCCUCCGAAUACCGAACUUCCUGCCUUCAACAGCAGCUUUGAGACGUUGAUGAAAGACUUGAAAGGAUCCAACAAACUUAUCCUCAAAAACUUUGUGUAUUUCAAAGGUGUCCAGCCGUUCGACCGGCGCCACACGGUGCUCCGCAGCUUUCAUCUGAAUGCGUCGUUCUCCGUGGAGGUCGCCAUGAUGUUCAGGGACGACGCGUCCAAGGUGACGAUGCUGUACGACACCAACUGCUCGGCCACAGUGGUGCGCCUGGCUUUCUCCGAGCGGCUGGCCUCGCUCCUCCUGCUUCCCAAGGGCGAGCUCCGGCACCUGGAGGACUGCCUCUCCGACAGCCGCAUGAGCUUUUGGCUCAGCAACCUGAAGCCGGGGCGGGCAGAAAUCCUUUUGCCCAAGUUUCAACUGAGGAAAUCCUACAGUUUAAAAACCCUCCUGAAGAACGUCGGGGUGUCGUCUGUUUUCUCUGGAGCGUCGCAGGCGAAGAUGCCGAAAAUCAUCGAGGCUCCUCAUGAGGUCAUGCUGGAGGUGGAGGAGUCCAGAUCAGAAGAAAAGAGGAGACCCAACACCCUUCUGGACUUCUCUGUACCCCAAAGAAUAACCUUCGACAGGCCUUUCAUGCUUAUAAUCUAUGAUGAUCUAACAGGAAUCGUGCAGCUCAUCGGGAGGAUUACUGAUCCCACCGACAUCUAGACAACAGUGAACAUCACACUUUUCUUUAAGCCUUAUUUCUUCUUCAGUUUCCUUCUUCUUUUUUUUUUUUUUAAACCUCAUUAAAUUCACUUAGACAGCAUGACAGCUUUGGUUUCACUUUGCUCCAGCAGUUAAACAUAUUUUAUGUUGCAAAUGUAAUAACACUACAGUUCAUAGAAGUUAGUCUAUUUUGUUUUUGUAACAUUAAAAGGAUGAUUCAUAGUUUAUUUUUCCUUUUUCACAAAAUAAAAAGACAUUUAAAUGGCAGCAAUUUA